GGGCCAGUUGCCAGGACUACGCCGGCAAAGAUGGCUGCGGCGUCUUCGGAUACAGACAGCGGCCGUGCUGAAAGCAAUGAGGCCAAUUCCAAGUGGCUGGAUGCACACUACGACCCCAUGGCGAACAUCCACACGUUUUCCGCCUGCCUGGCACUGGCAGAUUUGCAUGGAGAUGGGGAGUACAAGCUGGUGGUGGGGGACCUUGGCCCAGGUGGGCAGCAGCCCCGCCUGAAGGUGCUCAAAGGACCAGCGGUGCUGACCGAAAGUUCACUGCCUGCUCUGCCAGCCGCUGCUGCCACCUUCCUCAUGGAACAGCAUGAGCCCCGGACCCCAGCUCUGGCUCUCGCUUCAGGCCCUUGUGUCUAUGUAUAUAAGAAUCUUAGACCCUACUUCAAGUUCAGCCUGCCCCACUUGCCUCUAAACCCUCUGGAGCAAGACCUUUGGAACCAGGCCAAGGAGGAUCGGAUCGACCCCUUAACCCUGAAGGAGAUGCUGGAGGACAUCCGGGAGAAAGCAGAGGUGCCUUUGUCGGUACAGUCUCUCAGGUUUCUGCAGCUGGAGCUGAGCGAAAUGGAGGCAUUUGUAAAUCAGCACAAGUCUAAGUCCAUCAAGAGGCAGACAGUCAUCACCACCAUGACCACCAUGAAGAAGAACCUGGCUGAUGAAGAUGCUGUGUCCUGCCUGGUGCUGGGCACUGAAAACAAGGAGCUUCUAGUGCUUGACCCUGAGGCCUUCACCAUUUUGGCUAAGAUGAAUCUUCCUGGUGUCCCUGUCUUCCUGGAGGUUUCUGGCCAGUUUGAUGUCGAGUUCCAACUUGCCGCUGCCUGCCGCAAUGGAAACAUCUAUAUCCUGAGAAGGGACUCCAAGCGCCCCAAGUACUGCAUCGAACUGAGUGCCCAGCCUGUGGGACUUGUCCAGAUACACAAGAUCCUGGUGGUGGGCAGCACCCAAGAAAGCCUGCAUGGCUUCACCCACAAGGGAAAGAAGCUGUGGACAGUGCAGAUGCCUGCAGCCAUCCUGACCAUGAACCUCCUGGAGCAGCAUUCCCGGGGCCUGCAGGCUGUCAUGGCUGGGCUGGCCAAUGGAGAGGUUCGCAUUUACCGUGAUAAGGCCCUGCUCAACAUCAUCCGUGCCCCGGAUGCAGUGACCAGCCUCUGCUUUGGCCGCUAUGGACGUGAAGACAACACCCUCAUCAUGACCACUCGAGGUGGCGGCCUGAUUAUCAAGAUCCUGAAGCGGACUGCAGUGUUUGUAGAGGGGGGAGGUGAGGGGGGCCCCUCUCCAGCCCAGGCCAUGAAGCUCAACGUGCCCCGAAAGACUCGGCUUUAUGUGGAUCAGACACUGCGAGAGCGGGAAGCCGGCACCGCCAUGCACCGGGCCUUCCAGGUAGACCUUUACCUACUGCGCCUCCGGGCCAGCCGUGCCUAUGUGCAGGCCCUCGAAUCCAGCUUGAACCCAGUGUCUGCCACAGCCGGGGAGCCACUAAAGCUGCAUGCCAUGGUUCAGGGCCUGGGACCUACCUUUAAGCUCACGCUUCACCUGCAGAAUACCUCAACAGCCCGACCUAUCCUGGGGUUGCUGAUCUGCUUCCUGUACAAUGAGGCACUCUAUGCCCUGCCCCGAGCCUUCUUCAAGGUCCCUUUGCUGGUGCCAGGGCUCAGCUACCCCAUGGAAACCUUUGUGGAGAGCCUCAGUAACAAGGGCAUCUCGGAUAUUAUCAAGGUGCUGGUGUUGCGAGAAGGCCAGAGCACACCCUUGCUGAGUGCCCACAUCAACAUGCCUGUGAGUGAGGGGCUGGCAGCUGCCUGAACCCUGGGCUGAUGUUAAAGACCUUACGGAAUCAGGGCCAGGGAGAGCUGGCCAUUUCCAUCGAGCUGGACAGCGUCAUGGCUCCAGGCCCAUUCUCUAUACAGUGAUAUGCUCAAGGACAGCUUCCCUUCUAUUUCCUGAGCACCCACCCACCCCCACCACCCCCCUGUUAGGGCCUGUAGCGGCAGGUCAGUCAGCACCCAAAAGUCUCAGCUCCUUCUCAGGACCCACCCAGGCAUUGUCCCAUGGAGCUCCUGCUGCCCUUCCACCCUCUCUAGCUUUUCCAGAAACCAUAACAGGUUUGAAGGAGGAGCUCCAAAGCAGUCAAAGUGAGACGGGAGGACAGGCCCAACUUUCUCCUUUGCCACUUCCCAUAGGCACAUCAUUUGUCUCCUUUUGCAAGCUAAGGCCAAAUUGGGCUAGGGACUGGCCUGGGAAACCAGAAGCUUUUCUUGAGUGAGCCUGAGUCACCUAUUGCUCUCUGGGGUUCCAGAAGCUUGGUUGCUGGCAUCUCAGCUAACAUACGCACUAACCUCCCCUCUUCAGCUGAGUAAGGGGGCCUAUUUCCAUUCAGCGGGCCCAGGGAAUAGCUGCAUCCCCACAGAGAACUUCUCUGAAAUCUUGAGCUCUGCCAUAGUGUCAGGUCUGUGAUGCUCCACAAGGUUGCCAAGGGAGGCGGUACAGGAAGGCAGAGAGUACCCAAGUAGGGAGCUGGUGGCUCUAGCCUCAUUAAAGCUCUGGAAGACACACACCAGCUGCUUCUAACUUGUAUGUUCCGGCCCCGAAAGAGCACUCCCAGAGAGGAAGGCUAAGCUAGACAGCAGAGUGGGGUGGGGGCACCAGGAUAGGCACUGGGCCUGAGGGAGGUGGCAGGAGCCCAAACUGUCUGUCAAGAUGCUCCUAUGCCCGGAGGCCAAGUCAGUCAUACGAGUGGGAAAUGGACCAGGCUGGGACUACAGUGUGAAAGAAUUAGCCAGAAAGGCACAAAACAGAGGGGUUGAGUGAGGCCGGAGACUAAGUAAAGGCACAUGGUUAGAUCACACGAGCCAGAGACCCAUUAGUCCUGACUCUUGGCACCUCGAGAACCCCCCAGCCAGUCUCCCUGGCUCACCUCACAGGCUGCCCUAAGCCACAUAUGAGCCAGGAGCCUCACCCCUAUCUGCUUCUUCACCACUUGCCCUGGUGUACCUAAUGUGUGGUACACGGCUCAGGCUACAGGAAGUGACAGCCCCUCAGGGCUUCAGUUUCCCCAUGUAUAAAACGGUCAGACUUGAUCAGAUUGUUUCUAAGCCCCUUUCAGCUCUAAUGCCCUAUGAGCUUGGCAGCCCCUCCAGAGAAAACAAGGACUCAGCUCUAGAAAGGUAAGUCUGGAGAAGUCACUGCAGAGCUUUUGCCCUUGAGGCCAAGGGCCCCAAGCUGGUUGCAGUGUCAGGCAACACUUUUCCUCCCCAAGACACAGCCCAACUCCUGUCCUUCCCAAGAAAUGUAUCUGGGGCCAGGUUAAGAGAAGCAAGACUAGACCAAAGAAAGAGCCCACCCCACAUCUCUGCACUGCCUGGCCAUGUACAGACACACACCAAUUAGGUUGUGAUGGCAAAGGGUUUCUAGAUCUAGCCAAGGCAUGGUUGGGUAUACCCACAAGCAGUGGUGUCACUUAGAAGGACAUGGGGCAGAGAGAGUGUGAUUGUCAGUCAGAGCCUUAGACUUAACCUGAAGAACUCAUUAGAGACAGAAGAGUCUGCCCCUGUCCCCUGCCCCAGAAGGUGCAAGCCCCUUGUCACUGUAGCGGUACGAUAGUUAGGCUCUACAAGACAGGGCAUGUUUUGUGUCAGGUGAUCUUACAGUCCCUUUCACCCCAG